CCCUUGAAAAAUAAAAAAACCCGCCACAUUUCUUCACAAAAGAUUGCAAGGGCAAGUUUCGCGUCAGAGAGGAUCGGAGAAGAGCAGUAAAUACCGGUGGAAAUGGCGGCGGCGGGGAUGUUGAAGCCGGCGGCCGGUGGAGGGUUUACAAUAACGCCGCACAAGGUGUCGAUGUGCAUCCUCCUACAGGUAUACGCCCCGCCUGCUCAACUUUCAGUCCCGUUCUCUUUCUCUUCUGUCUCCCAGCACAACCGCCUCGGCUUGUUCUUGUUCGCUCUUACAAAGUCAUCUGAGGAUAUUUUAGAGCCAAAGUUAGAUGAGCUUAUCACUCACUUGAGGGAAAUUGGUGGCCUCAUGAAUCAUUGGUUAAUUGAUCAUCUGACUGGUAGACUAUCAUCAUUAUCAUCACCCGAUGACUUAUUUAACUUUUUUAGUGAAUUGAGAGGUGUCCUUGGAGGCCCUGAUUCAAGUGGUUUGGAUGAUGACCAGACCAUAUUGGAUCCCAGCAGCAAUCUUGGAGUAUUUCUUCGUCGUUGCUUGCUUGCUUUCAAUCUAUUGUCAUUUGAGGGUGUUUGUCAUCUAUUGACAAAUAUAGGAAUAUAUUGUAAAGAUAUUCUCUCUUGCGGUCCUCCUUGUGAGUCUCCUCGUUUGGACGAUUCUGGUAAUGGUCUAGAAAUGUUACUAGAGUAUGAAAACAUGGAUUUGGAGAACUUUGUUUUUGAGAAAGUUACUGAAGAAAUUGAAGAAAGAAAAAGGGCCAGUGAGAGAGUUCCAUUUCAUAAUCAUGCACCAAAAGCACUUAUUGGAUUGGUUGAAGAUUUUGAGGUUUCAUCUGACCUAAAACUCAAACAUAAGGAUAAUCCCAGAGAAGCUAGUGCAUUUUCACACCCACCAAAUGCUGGAGACAAAGUUUCUGAGCACUCAGGCGGGUUUUUUUUACGUACAAACUUACAGUUACAAGGAUACUUACUGGAGCAAGCUGAUGCAAUUGAAAAGAAUGGAAGCUCUUUUCCUUUAAAUGCCUUUGAAUCUAUUCUAAAACAUAUUCAGGAGCUAGCACCAGAACUACACCGUGUUCACUUCUUGCAUUAUUUGAAUAGCCUUUAUCAUGAUGAUUAUCCUUCUGCUUUAGAGAAUCUUCAUCGCUAUUUUGAUUACAGUGCAGGGAUUGAAGGAUUGGAUAUUGUUCCCCCUACAUCAUCUGGCAUCAAUACCUUGGGAAGAUAUGAAAUUGCUUUAUUGUGUUUGGGAAUGAUGCAUUUUCACUUUGGGCAUCCUAAGCAAGCUUUAGAGGUUUUAACUGAAGCAGUUCGUGUUUCCCAACAGCACAGCGAUGAUACCUGCCUUGCAUAUACCUUAGCAGCUAUCUGUAACUUGUUGUCUGAGGUAGGCAUCUCAGGGACAUCAGGAAUUCUUGCAACAUCUCAUUCACCUGUGACUUGUGUGGGGACUUCCCUAUCCAUUCAACAACAGUUGUUCGUGUUAUUGAGAAGGUCGCUGAAGAGGGCACACAGUUUAAAGUUAAAAAGGCUGGUAGCUUCAAAUCAUAUUGCAAUGGCUAAAUUUGAUUUAACGCAUGUUCAUAGACCGUUGCUAUCUUUUGGUCCUAAAGCUUCCAUGAAGCUAAGAACUUGCCCAGCAAAUGUUUAUAAGGAACUGAGGUUUAGUUCUCAUUUGAUUAGUGACUUCACCAGUGAAAAUUCUGUGAUGAUAACUGAUGGUGCAUUUAGUACUGCAUGGGUUAAGAAUUUUCAAAAGCCAACAGGUUCUUUGGUUUUCUCAAGAGAAAAUGGUUCUGAAAGCAAAGCUGAUGCUUUUCAUUUAUGCUCACAACCAAGUUCCAUUCCUGGGUCUGUGCUGCAAUUAGUGGGCUCUUCAUACUUAGUUCGAGCAACUGCCUGGGAGAUGUAUGGAAGUGCUCCUCUUGCUCAAAUGAAUACACUGGUCUAUGCAACAUGCUUUGCUGACUCGUCAAGUUCGGCUGAUACUGCUUUGGCAUAUGCAAAACUUGUCCAACAUCUAGCAGUUUUUAAAGGGUACAAAGAAGCUUUCAGUUCCCUUAAAAUUGCAGAAGAGAAAUUUUUGUCUGUCUCAAAAUCUAGAAUCUUGCUAUUAAAAUUGCAGUUGCUUCACGAGCAAGCUUUACAUUGUGGACAUCUGAAACUAGCUCAGCAAUUAUGUGGCGAGCUUGGAGUUUUGGCAUCUUCUGUGGCUGGAGUGGACCUGGAGCUGAAGACAGAAGCAGGCCUUCGCCAUGCCCGGACCUUGCUUGCUGCAAACCAGUUUAGCCAGGCGGCAGCUGUUGCCAGUUCCCUAUUCUGCAUGUGUUAUAAAUUCAAUAUGCAGGUUGAAAUUGCAACAAUCCUUUUAUUGUUUGCUGAGAUCCACAAGAGAUCUGGAAAUGCUGUGCUAGGAAUUCCCUAUGCUUUGGCAAGCCUCUCAUUUUGCCAGACUUUUAACUUGGAUCUUCUAAAAGCUGCGGCUACCCUCACUUUGGCGGAAUUGUGGCUAUCACUUGGAUCAACAUACAUAAAACAGGCAUCAACUCUUAUACACAGUGCUCUUCCAACAAUUCUAGGUCAUGGAGGUUUGGAGAUUUGCGCUCGGGCCUUUAUUACUGAAGCAAAAUGCUAUUUAGCAGAUCCAAGCUUUUCAGUUUUCAAAGAUUCUGAGAUGGUUCUCAAUCCAUUAAGGCAAGCAGCUGAUGAUCUUCAACAUAUAGAGUAUCACGAGUUGGCAGCUGAAGCUUUCUAUUUGAUGGCUAUGGUAUUUGACAAGCUGGGCCAGGUAGAGCAAAGGGAACAAGCGGCAACUUCUUUCAAGAAACAUAUAACUUCAUUUGAAAAUCCUCAACACCAGCAAGAUCCUCUCUUCAAUGUGUAAGUGAUCCACAUAAAAAAAAAAAAAAAAAUCUCUGGAUCUAUGCACAAUGCCUGCUUUUCUAGAUGCUGUGUGUACAGUUUUGUAUCAUCUUGUUACUCUAAAAAUUUUAAAAAUUCAAUUUCGCACAGUUCUUCCAUAUACCGGAGCUGUUGGGUAACUUAA